GGCCGCCGGUGGCCUCGGCGGCGGCAGCGGCAGGAUGCGGGCGGGCCGCGGCGCGGCGGGCGGGGAGGCGGCGGCCGAGGAGGAGGCGGCCGAGGCGGCCAAGCGCGGCGGGGCGGCGGCGGCGGCGGCGGCGGGGCGGGCGCGGGGCCGCGGCGGGAAGGGAUCCCCGAACGGCGAGUGCCGGCGCGGGGAGCCGCCGCGCAGCCCCGGCCCGGAGCCGCCCCGGGAGCCCAAGGUCUCCUUCUCCUGCGGCGGCGGCGGCGCGUCCCCCGGCGGGGCCAAGGCGGCCGAGGAGGGCGCGGGCGAGGAUGCGGGCGAGGAGGCCCGCGGGAGCCAGGCCAGCUUCAUGCAGCGGCAGUUCGGGGCGAUGCUCCAGCCCGGCGUCAACAAGUUCUCGCUGCGGAUGUUCGGCUCCCAGAAGGCGGUGGAGCGGGAGCAGGAGCGCGUCAAGUCGGCGGGGGCCUGGAUCAUCCACCCCUACAGCGACUUCAGGUUUUACUGGGACUUCACGAUGCUGCUCUUCAUGGUGGGCAACCUGAUCAUCAUUCCUGUGGGCAUCACCUUCUUCAAGGAGGAGACCACGGCGCCCUGGAUCGUGUUCAAUGUGGUCUCCGACACCUUCUUCCUGAUGGACCUGGUGCUGAACUUCCGGACAGGAAUUGUCAUUGAGGACAACACAGAAAUCAUCCUGGACCCCGAGAAGAUCAAGAAGAAGUACCUCAAGACCUGGUUCGUGGUGGACUUUGUCUCCUCCAUCCCUGUGGACUAUGUCUUCCUCAUUGUGGAGAAGGGCAUAGACUCGGAGGUGUACAAGACGGCCCGCGCCCUCCGCAUCGUCCGCUUCACCAAGAUCCUCAGCCUCCUGCGGCUCCUCCGCCUCUCCCGGCUCAUCCGCUACAUCCACCAGUGGGAGGAGAUCUUCCACAUGACCUACGACCUGGCCAGCGCAGUGAUGAGGAUCAUCAACCUCAUCGGCAUGAUGCUGCUGCUUUGCCACUGGGACGGCUGCCUCCAGUUCCUCGUGCCCAUGCUGCAGGAUUUCCCCCAGAACUGCUGGGUCUCCAUCAACGGGAUGGUGAAUGACUCCUGGAGCGAGUUGUACUCCUUUGCCCUCUUCAAGUCGAUGAGCCACAUGCUCUGCAUCGGUUAUGGGAAGCAGGCGCCCGAGAGCAUGACAGACAUCUGGCUGACAAUGCUGAGCAUGAUCGUGGGGGCCACCUGCUACGCCAUGUUCAUCGGCCACGCCACCGCCCUCAUCCAGUCGCUGGACUCCUCCCGGCGCCAGUACCAGGAGAAGUACAAGCAGGUGGAGCAGUACAUGUCCUUCCACAAGCUGCCUGCCGACUUCCGCCAGAAGAUCCACGACUACUACGAGCACCGCUACCAGGGCAAGAUGUUCGACGAGGACAGCAUCCUGGGGGAGCUCAACGAGCCCCUGCGCGAGGAGAUCGUGAACUUCAACUGCCGCAAGCUGGUGGCCUCAAUGCCGCUGUUCGCCAAUGCGGAUCCCAACUUUGUCACGGCGAUGCUCACCAAGCUGAAGUUUGAGGUGUUUCAGCCGGGCGACUACAUCAUCCGCGAAGGCACCAUCGGCAAGAAGAUGUACUUCAUCCAGCACGGGGUGGUCAGCAUCCUCACCAAGGGCAACAAGGAGAUGAAACUCUCCGAUGGCUCCUACUUCGGAGAAAUCUGCCUGCUGACCCGAGGCCGGCGCACGGCCAGUGUCCGGGCAGACACCUACUGCCGCCUCUACUCGCUCUCGGUGGACAACUUCAACGAGGUGCUGGAGGAGUACCCUAUGAUGAGACGGGCCUUCGAGACCGUGGCCAUCGACCGCCUUGACCGCAUUGGGAAGAAGAACUCGAUCCUGCUCCACAAAGUGCAGCAUGACCUCAACUCAGGCGUCUUCAACAACCAGGAGAACGAGAUCAUCCAGGAGAUCGUCAAGUACGACCGGGAGAUGGUACAGCAGGCAGAGCUGCAGCAGCACACGGCCAUGUACAGCCCUGUCCAGCCCCAGGUCACCUCUGCCAUCGCCACCCUCCAGCAAGCCGUUGCCAUGAGCUUCUGUCCGCAGAUGGCCAGCCCGCUGGUGGGCUCCAUGGCCCUGGGCUCGCCCCGCAUGAUGCGCCGCUUGCAGUACGCCCAGGCUGUGCCCAGCCCCUUCGCCGUUUCCCCCGUCUUGCUGCAGCAGAGCCCCCUGCAGCAGCCGCAGCCCCCUGUGCCCCAUGCCAACCCCUCGCCCUCACAGGACCAGGCGCAGCCCGUGGCCCUGCCUGCCUCCACCAGCACCUUCGCUGCGGCCGCAGCCAGCCCGCCAUCCCAAAGCCCCCUGGCCAGCCGGACGUUUGCCUACGGAGGUGCCCCGGGGCAGCUGGGCUCCCAGCUCUCCCUCAGCCAGCAGCAGGUGCCCGGCUCACCCCAGCGCCUGGCUGCCCACAAAAGCACACAGGCACUGCACACCAGCAGCCUCAGCCAGGAUUCGCGGCCCUUGUCGGCCUCGCAGCCCUCCCUGCCCCACGGGCUGGUGGCCGGCAGCACCCAGAGCCCCCCGGCCUCAGCCCGCGAGUCCUGCGCCUCCAUUGGCGGGGGCCCGGCCACCGCCUCGCCCGGCCCUGGCCCCCCAGUUGGGCUGCGGGGCCAGGCACCCUCGCGGGGCACCCUGGCCCAACCGGCAUCCACGGGCUCAGUGCACGCAGGGCCGUCCGCCCUGCCGCAGGACUCGGUGGCGGCCCGCAAGGAUUCGGCAGCCAGCACGCCCGACACGGACCCAGCCAAGUCCAGGCUGUCUUCCAACUUGUGACCUCUGCGCUGUGCUGGGCGCGGGGACAAGCGUGCCAGAGGAAGCUGUGGC